UAGUAGUAGUAUUGUGAACCAUAAAAAAAGUAUGGAGUACGCGUACUCAAGUAAUUUGUAAAGAUAUCAAGUGACAAUUACAUGUAGUAAAGUCAAGUUAUUUCUCUUAAAAAGCAAGCUGAUAUACGAUGGCCUCUGAGAGUACUUAUGAUGAGCAAUUAGGAGAAGAGGCUACACCUCCUCCCAUUCCAAGUGUAAGUGAAAACGCCGAGGGACGAGAGGAAGAGGAGCGUUCGGCGGAGGCAGAACGACGAGAGGGCGUGGAGGGUGAAGAUGAUCGAUCCUCCCCUGAGCCCUCUAGAUCUAACAAACGCGACCGUGAGGAGGACGAGGACGGCCGCGAUGAGGACGGCCGUGAUGAUAAAUAUGAGGAUUCUCGCGACGAAGAGGAGAGUGGACGACGGGUCCGAAGGCGCCUCACAGAGAGACUGUACUUGUAUGUGCCCUCGGGAGGCGAGUGGAAUCAGAACAUAAUAGAGUACUCGACGCCCGUGGUGCUGCCUCAUCUCUUUCGGUGGCUCGGGUUUAAUAGUCACGCGGAGACUUGGUGCUGGGCCAUAGUUGUCUUGCACACCAUGCAAACCGCCGUCUCCGAUUUUGGACCCCACAAUAAGUCGAUAAGGUGGAAGGCUUGGAUCUCUCCACUGAACCAUCUCUUGAUCGACACGGCAUAUAUGCAAGCCAUGGUCACCGCCAUGUGCCUAAAACCCACAUGGUUCGUAGACCAGGCCACCAAUAAGCCACUCCGCCAUGUCCAAUGGAUUUCCUGCUUCAUGGUCUUCAACCUCAUGGUCCAUACCUGCUCCUCCUUGAAGAUGGAGUACACCAGGCAAAAAGUCAAACAGGUAUCCGUGGACCCAGUCACUGUCUCGACCUACACGCUAGCCUCCAUCCUGCUGCUGCAUCCCAGUAACCUAUCCAUGUGGAUGGGAUUGUUUCUCUUCAAUUGCACGCCCUUUUACAUCGUCUGGGCCUUCCAACAACUGGAACACACGAAGACUGUUUAGGACAAAAAGCAGCACACAGCCACAAAGCGAGGGAAUAUACAGAUAAAUGUGACCACCACAAUGCAUACUUGCAGCAACCAAAGGAUGCAUACACCUUUCUGAAAUGAAACGAAAGUGAAGGUAAGAAUCUGAUACACGAGUUGAUUGUACACAUUAGUAGGUAUGAUAGGCAACACUGUUACUAAUUUCAUUUAUUAUUUAUAGUCAUUCUUCUUGCCUCUUUAG